GUGCUAGUCCUGGGAGCAGCUCCACUCACAGCAGCCGUGCCUCUGUCUCUCUAUCUCUGCAGAUCAUGUCCUUCAUUCAAGUGGAAGCAAAUUCCGAUUUUCCCAUUCAGAACCUCCCGUACGGAGUGUUCUCAACACACGAUGAGCCCAGACAUCGGAUAGGGGUUGCGAUUGGUGACCAAAUCUUAGAUCUAAGUGUCAUCAGACAUUUAUUUACUGGACCUUUUGUGUCGGGGAAUCAAGAUGUUUUUAACCAGCCAAUCCUCAAUAGCUUUAUGGCCCUGGGGCACAAUGCAUGGCGAGAGGUGAGACAGUUUCUCCAGAAGCUGCUAUCAGCAUCAGAACCUUUGCUAAGGGACAACAUGGAGCUGCGAUCCAGGGCAUUUGUGCCACAAGCUAAGGCAACCCUUCAUCUUCCAGCAAAUAUUGGGGAUUACACCGACUUCUACUCCUCCAGAGAUCAUGCUACUAAUGUAGGCAUUAUGUUCAGAGGGAAGGACAAUGCUCUGAUGCCAAACUGGCUUCAUCUUCCAGUGGGAUAUCAUGGUCGGGCAUCCUCUGUGGUGGUAUCAGGAACUCCAGUGCGUAGGCCAAUGGGCCAGGUUCGACCAAAUGAUGACAAGCCUCCAGAAUUUGAGGCCAGCAAGCUUCUGGACAUUGAAUUGGAAAUGGCUUUUUUUGUGGGUUCAGGAAACUCGUUAGGAAACCCCAUUCCAAUUCAUAAAGCUGAGGAGCACAUCUUCGGGAUGGUACUGAUGAAUGACUGGAGUGCCAGAGACAUCCAAAAGUGGGAAUAUGUUCCACUUGGGCCAUUUCUAAGUAAGAAUUUUGCAACCACCAUUUCUCCCUGGGUUGUACCGAUGGAAGCCCUUAUGCCAUUUGUUCUGCCAAAUCCAGUGCAGGAUCCUGUGCCACUGCCCUACCUUCGUGAUAACACCAAUUACAGGUUUGAUAUCAACCUGUGCGUCUGCAUUCAAGGGAAAGGAAUGAAGAAUCCAGUUUCUAUAUGUAAAUCUAACUAUAAGUACAUGUACUGGACAAUGAAGCAGCAGCUGGCUCACCACACAGUUACUGGGUGCAACGUACGACCUGGAGACCUCCUAGCGUCCGGGACCAUAAGUGGGCCGGACCCUGGAAGCUUUGGCUCAAUGCUGGAACUGUCCUGGAGAGGAAGCAAACCUGUAGAUCUCGGAGAUGGACACAAGAGGACAUUCCUGCAAGAUGGGGACACUGUGACUAUAGCAGGUUACUGCCAAGGAGAGGGUUAUCGUGUUGGAUUUGGGACUUGCUCCGGGACAGUCCUCCCUGCUCUUCCCCUCUCUGAUUAAAUAAAUCUGCACACAGAGGUUGCAGAGACUGGAAGAUAAAAGCCAAUAGACAUGUUUACUUAUGAAUAAAAUACAUUGACUGUAAUUAUAUGAAUAGGGGAAUAGUAGGGUAGUUAAUAAUUGGGAUUUGUUGUUGAAAUAGGGCACCGCGUUCCAUACACAAACAGUGCUGUAAUGUAAAUAAAAGUGUACAUAAUAC